UGAGGCAGCAUGAUUAGAGUAAUAUCAAACCAGCUUAAUGGGCUCUCCAGGGCUACAUCAUCUCUAUCAAUUCCUUGGCAACAAAACCUCUUCAAAUGGAACUUACUUCAGAGCACCAGCCACUUGAAAUCAUCUGAUCAUCUCUUCCUGUCAACCAAGGCAACAACAUCUCUCCAUCGGUCACUAGUAACAUCACACCGAUGGUGCUCAUCAAGAACUGAAGCAAAAACAUUCAGGACUUCUCAAGGAACCUUAAAACUAUUGUCACAUUUCGGAGGAACCCACCAUCUUCACACUUCAUCCUCAUUAUAUCACACAGGAAUCGUAUCAAGACUUACUAGGCCUUACAUUGCGACAUAUCAUUUCACAUGUAGGAACUGUCAUCGUAAUGUUAGAAGUCCGUUUGUGCCAGGAUCUGUACGUUUCAAGAGUUCACAUAGUAGCAGCCAGCAGAAUGCAUGGCGUGAGAGGAAUAAGUCUGUCAUGUUGUAUGUGAUUGCUGGAGCAGUCCUUGUGGUUGGAUUCUCUUAUGCAGCUGUUCCUCUCUACACAGUGUUUUGUCAGGCGACAGGUUUAGGAGGUCAAGCCACCGCAGGUCAUGAUAUUGAGAAGGUAGAGACCAUGGCUCCAGUGCGAGGGCGAGAGCUUGUGAUACGAUUCAACGCAGACACCGCUGCCAGCAUGAGAUGGAACUUCAGACCUCAACAGACUGAAGUCAAGGUUGUACCCGGUGAGACUGCCCUAGCCUUCUAUUCAGCCAUGAACCCUACAGAUAAACCCAUUGUUGGUAUCUCAACAUACAACGUAGUGCCCUUUGAUGCUGGACAGUACUUCAAUAAGAUCCAGUGUUUCUGCUUUGAAGAGCAGCGGCUGAACCCUCAUGAACAGGUGGACAUGCCAGUAUUCUUCUACAUCGACCCUGACUUUGAUGAAGACCCUAAGAUGGCCAAGGUUACUAAUAUCACUCUAUCCUACACCUUCUUUGAGUCCAAGGAAGGGCUUGAGCUUCCUGACCCUUGGUCAAGACCAGAAUGACCACCAGGGGGAAUUGACCAUCAACAUUGAUUUGUGUGUGAAUAUAGCCAUCGCAAGGACAUCACACCCAUUGUAGAUGAGAUUGACCAUCAGGCCGUUCAUGGCUUUGGUAAUGAUCGUUGAAGUGACCGUCAUAGUAGCCAUCACAAUGAAUAGCACUAUUCUGAAUGGCUGUCAUGAUUUCCGUCAGAAUGACCAUCAGACUGGCUGAUAUGGGAAUGUUUCACGAAGCAACUUGUCGGUGAGUAGUUGCAAUUGUUACUGAAAUCCUUGCAUUUGAUUGGCUGAGAGCUACUCUGUCCUUGACAAUGACCGACAAAUAGCUUCAUGAUAUCGUGCCCAGAUUUACAUUGAUCACUAAACUUCUACUCAUGCUUUUUGUUAUUUUAUUUUUACUCCAGUGUAUGUUUCUUUCCCUUACCAUGUUCAG